UUAGUUUAUAUUUACAUACAUAUACAAAAAUAAUUGUUUGUGCAAACCAUAGAAGCGUACUGCAUAACGAGUUAUUUAUCAACACAUAUCUAUAUUUAGAAAAAUAGUGAAUGGUGUCAAAAAAAUUUAACCAUGAUUUUCUUGACAUGAAAUCUGGAAAGCCAAAUAGUCAAUAAAAAGUGCAAUAAAUAACAAAAGUAAAACCAAGUAAAAGGAAAGCAGUAAAAGCCAAUUAUACUAACAACAACUUCCAGCCCCACUAAACGUAACAACAGCACCAGCGCCAACCUCCACUAAAUACACAAUAGCAAAAUUUACCAAUUUCAAUUCCCAUAACAACAACUUUAUAAAAACCAAAACAAACAGGAAGAGGACAAACACAAAAGCAAAAAGCAGCAAACAUGAAUCGCAUCAGUACUGCCGUGUAUCGCCAUUGGAAUGCGUCAUUAGUGAACAUUUCCCAGGCGAAUACUAGCCGGAGUUGUAGACUUACAGCAGUGUCCUUGAUCAACGGCAAACGUGAAAUGUCAACGACAUCGUCGCAAAACGCCGCUACAGCGGAAAAAUGUCUGUCGCUGGACAACAUCAAUCCUCAAUUCAUUGAAUUGGAGUAUGCUGUGCGCGGACCGCUGGUCAUACGUGCUGGCCAAAUUGAAAAGGAGUUGGCGCAGGGUGUGAAAAAACCUUUCGAUCAAGUCAUUCGUGCUAAUAUCGGUGAUUGCCAUGCUAUGGGACAAAAGCCUAUCACCUUUCUGAGACAGCUUAUGGCCCUAACCUUGGAUACAAGUCUUUUCGAUUCACCUAACUACCCAGAGGAUGUGAAGAAGCGUGCGCGCAUCAUUUUAGACGGCUGUCAAGGGAAAUCAGUUGGCUCCUACACUGACUCGGCUGGCAUUGAAGUGAUUCGUAAGCAAGUGGCUGAUUUCAUUGAGAAGCGGGAUGGCAUACCAAGCAAUUGGGAGAAUAUUUAUUUAACAGGUGGUGCCUCCCCAGGCAUCAAAAGCAUAUUGGCGCUCGUUCGCUGUAAAAUUGGCGGCAAGCGUCCUGGUGUAAUGGUUCCCAUACCUCAAUAUCCACUGUAUUCGGCUACAAUUUCGGAGUAUGCCAUGACUCGUAUCGGCUACUACCUGAAUGAAGAACAAAACUGGAGCAUGGAAGUUCCAGAACUCGAGCGAGCCUACCAAGAAGCACGUAAAACCUGUGAACCACGCGCCCUAGUUGUCAUCAAUCCGGGCAAUCCCACCGGUCAGGUGCUAACGCGUGAAAAUAUCGUAGAUGUAAUUAAAUUCGCACAUAAAUACAAGCUAAUCGUAUUGGCUGACGAAGUGUAUCAGGCUAACAUUUGGGCUCCCAAUUCGAAAUUCUACUCCUUCAAGAGUGUAGCACAUGAAAUGGGUUCACCCUACAGAGAAAUGGAAUUGUGUAGCUUUAUGUCUGCCUCAAAGGGCUACCUAGGCGAAUGUGGUAUACGUGGUGGCUACAUGGAGAUAGUGAACAUGUGCCCAAAGGUGCAAGCCACGCUAACAAAGUCUAUAACCGCUUCGCUAUGUCCAACUUCUGCUGGUCAGGUGGCUAUUAGCGCAUUGGUUUAUCCACCAGAAAAGGGUGAGCCUUCAUACGAGCAGUAUAUAGCCGAGAAAGCAGAGGUUUUGAAUGCCCUUAAAGAGCGCGCUGAAUUAGUAUACAAAACGUUCAACAGCUUUGAGGGAUUCAAGGUGAAUGUGGUACAAGGGGCCAUGUACGCUUUCCCACAAAUCGUUAUACCAGCUAAGGCUAUCGCGGCAGCAAAGGCAAAGAAUAUGGCGCCCGAUGUGUUCUAUGCCUUUGAAUUGUUGGAAUCAACCGGCAUUUGCAUUGUACCUGGCAGCGGUUUCGGCCAAAAAGACGGCACCUAUCACUUUCGCACCACAAUUCUGCCUCAGACCGACAAACUGAAAAUCAUGUUGGACAAAUUUCAAACUUUCCACGCUGAUUUCAUGAAGAAAUAUAAGUAAAUUGUAUUAGAAGAUUCAUGGAAAUCUGGUGCUAUGCAAAAUAUGUAUGCCAUCUACCAUCCAUCCAUUAAAUGGCGUGGCGCCACAGUAUACUACUAACGCACCGCGGUUUGAAACUUGAAUUACAGAUCAUAAUUCUCCAGAGCCUUCAUUUUUUAACCAAUUAGAAAAUUUGUUUUUUUUUUUUAAUGAAAGCCUAUAAAAUGUACAGUAACCUGUUCAGCCCGAUUGUUUUUUUACCUAAAAUUUAAUGGGCUAUAAAACUGCAUGCCUAAAACUUUUGCACAAACACAAAAAAAAAA